AUGGCGCCAGUAAAAUCGAAUCCCGAUCUCAUGGACUCUCAGUCGACUCAGAUCAAACAAGAUGUCAUAUCAAAUUAUGAAAAUGAUGAAGACCAGAGCGGUCAUGUGGUGCUUUCGGAGGAGAUAGCUAACGUCACUAACAUUGCCGCUGAGAAGGCACUCUGCCGCAAAUUCGAUCUCCGUUUACUCCCUGUUUUGGCUGUCAUGUACCUAUUCAAUGCUCUUGACAAGGGAAAUCUUGGGAAUGCUCAGACUGCGGGCCUGUCUAAAGGGAAACGCAAUAUUUAUUUUGUGCAUACCGCAGACUUGCACUUCAGGACUGGACAAUAUAACCAGAUUGUCGGAAUAUUCUUCGUCCCCUACGUCUUAUUUGCGCCACCUAUUGCCAUGUUAGGCAAGAAGUAUGGUCCAGCUCGUGUCCUGCCCAUCUUGAUGUUUUGUUUCGGCUCCCUCACGCUGCUCAUGGCUGCAACGACCAAUUUUGGCGGCAUCUUCGCUCUCCGAUGGCUCCUUGGCAUGGCCGAGUCUGCCUUCUUCCCCCUUGUCAUCUAUUACCAGACAACAUUUUAUAGGCGUGGCGAACUUGCACGUCGUCUUGCUAUCUUCUACGCCGCAUCCAACAUAGCCAACGCCUUCAGUGGGCUCCUCGCGUUCGGCUUGUUUCAGAUCAAAUCGACUCUAGUAGACCAUUCUUGGCGUUGGCUCUUCAUUGUCGAAGGUUGCGUCACAGUGUGCUUUUCUAUAUUUGCCUUCUUCUACCUACCUCGAUCCGCCGCCGAGGCCUGGUUUCUGAACGAAGACGAGAAAGUACUAGCAUACCAUCGUAUACAGGUCGACAGUUCUUCCGGCGUGAACGAGAAAUUUGUAUUAAGAGAAUCCCUGAAAAUAUUCAAGAGACCAGCCACAUACGGGUUUCUUAUCAUUGAGAUAUGCCUAGGCGUACCUUUACAAGCCGUGUCUCUGUUUCUACCUCAAAUUGUCCAACGGCUAGUCAAUAGCACAGUCACCAUCAACCUCUAUACUGUUGCCCCUAAUGUUACUGGUGCUAUUAUGUUACUAGUUCUUGCGUUCGCAUCUGACCAUUGGCGGAUCCGAUUUCCCUUCGUGUGCCUCGGGUUUGCAUUUACGUUUGUUGGCUUCAUCGUUUAUGCCACAAUCCAAGACGUAAAUGCGCAAAUUCGGGUCGCUUAUUUUGCAACGUUUAUGAUGUGCUGGGGGACGUCUGCACCGUCCGUUUUGCUGAGCACUUGGUACAACAACAAUAUAGCACACGAGGGGGAGAGGUUGACGCUCACAGCAGUUGGAGUUCCUCUGGCAAAUCUUAUGGGACUUAUACCCAGUUACGUAUUCCAGGAGCGGGAUGCGCCAAAAUACGCCCCUGCACUCAUUACGACAGCUUGCUUCGGUGCCACAGGAUGCCUUGUCGCGGGAUGCCUAGGGCUUUUCAUGAUGCGGGAUAAUAAUCGCCGCAACCGUCAACAGGGAGUAAAUCUUACUGCAAAAGAUGUACCGACACUGCAGCUGAGAGACGGUCCUCGAGUUAGGGAGUUUAGAUGGUUCCUAUAG